ACGGCUGUGUUCAGGAAGCCAAUGAUGAAAUACAAGAAAAAUAACAAUACAAUUCUUUUUCUGAAACGGCCACACUUAUUGACAGAAAAGGAAAAAGCAACACCCAGAAUUAUAUCCUGUAUUAGUAUUAUCUUAAGAAAAUACUUUAGCUGGGAAAAGAAUACAACACAUCCAUGAUAUGUUAAACAACUGUGUUAUUCGCUGGCUGUCUUAUUUUAGGAAAGGCCAGGGCACCAUUCUAGAGAGUUGAAUAGAAGCCACGGAAGUGACGCUUAUUCAGAAAAAUAACAAAGCUCUGCCUUUUUGGUGGUCCAGUCUUUGGAAUCAUGGACUAACAAAACCCACCAUCUAAAUGACUUCCUCCCAUUCAAAUCAAGGGCCACACUGUUUAGGAAAUGGAUCCUGUGGAUAUAAGGUUGUCCAGGGUGACUGUCCUGCAUGAGUAUGUCGGCGGCAGGACGUAUGAAGUGUCACCAUCCACUGUUAUUAAGGACAUCAAGCAGCUGAUCUAUGGAGACACCAAUUUUCCAGUCUCCGAACAGAGACUUCUGCUCUACAACAAAGAGUUAUGUGAUCAGAAGAAGAUUGGAGACGUGGUAUCAUCAGACUCCUGUUUAUUUCUAAAUCUGCAAGCAAAAGGGCUGAAAGGAGGAGGGAAGUUCGGCCAAACAACCCCUCCUCUUGUGGACUUUCUCAAGGACAUUCUAAGAAGAUAUCCAGAGGGAGGACAAAUUCUCAAGGAGCUGAUCCAAAAUGCCGAAGAUGCUGGUGCCACCGAGGUCAAGUUCUUGUAUGAUGAAACACAUUAUGGUACUGAAUCCCUUUGGUCUAAAGAUAUGGCUCAGUAUCAAGGACCUGCUCUCUAUGCAUACAACAAUGCCGUUUUUACGCCAGAAGACUGGCACGGAAUUCAGGAAAUUGCAAGGAGUAGGAAAAAAGAUGACCCGCUCAAGGUUGGAAGAUUUGGCAUUGGAUUUAAUUCUGUCUAUCACAUAACAGAUGUUCCCAGUAUUUUCAGUGGUGAUCAAAUUGGCAUGUUGGAUCCACAUCAGGUACUGUUUGGACGCCAUGAAUCAGGCCAGUGUUGGAACAUUAAAGAAGAAAGCAAAGAAAUAAGUGAACUUGUGGACCAAUUUGCCCCUUUUAUUGGUAUUUUUGAAAGCACCAAGGAAACAUUUACCCAGGGCAACUUUCCUGGGACUUUUUUCCGAUUUCCGCUCCGCGUUCAACCCUCUUUACUAAGCAACAACUUGUACAAUAAGGAGAAAGUUCUAGAACUGUUUGAGUCCUUCAGAGCCGAUGCAGACACAGUUCUCCUUUUUCUUAAGAAUGUCGAGAAAGUGUCUUUGCACGUGCGAGAAGCCGAUGGGUCGGAAAAGCUUCUCUUUCGAGUUACGGCAAGUGAAAACAAAACAGUGAAACAUGACAGACCCAACUCCAUAAAGAUUCUUGAAAAAGCAAUUGAUGGGUACUGUAAUGGAGUUCCUAGCAACAGCAUAACAUGUGUGACAUACCAUGUAAAUAUUGGGGUGGAGGAUGAAAGUGUCAAGGAGACCCAAACGUCAUCUUGGUUAGUUUGUAACGGUGUGGGAGGCCGGGGGAUUUGCAGUGAAUUAGACUGUCUUGCCGAUGAUUUAAAGUUUGUGCCUGCUAUUGGAAUUGCAAUGCCUUUGUGUAGCAAUGGAGCUGAAAAGGGAGCUGUGUUGGAAUUUUCAGGAAGAGCCUUUUGCUUCCUGCCAUUACCUCCAGGGGAAGAGAGCAAGACGGGGCUCCCUGUUCAUAUUAGUGGCUUUUUUGGAUUAACAGACAAUCGAAGGAGCAUCAAAUGGAGGGAACUGGACCAGUGGCGAGAUCCCGCUGCCCUUUGGAAUGAACUUCUUGUGAAAAACGUGGUCCCUAAAGCAUACGCCACUCUUAUUUUGGAAGCCAUUAAAAGGAUGGAGAUGGCGGAAAACCCAGAUUUAACACUUUCCGCAGAUAGCAUCUACAGAGUAUGGCCUGACAUUGAAAAAACAAGGCCACACUGGAAGCCGAUCAUUGAGCCCUUACUAAAGGAGCUAUUUCAGAAUGCCAUUAUAUAUUCUACCAAUAAUUGCUGGCUGAAAGAAGCAGAUGUCAAUUUCACAGAGAUCGACGAAAGUAAAGAGUACGCAAAAACUACCCUGAACUACCUCCAGAAUUCUGGGACUCAAAUUGCCAAGGUACCUGCCAAUGUUGCUGCUGCAUUCCAAGUCCCAGUCAAUAAUUCAAAGCCAGUGAAGAAGGUCACUCCUGCGCUUCUGAGGCAAGUGCUGAGGAAAUGUGGCCACAAGGGACCAACAGAUGAGAAACUGCACCUUCUAGAGUUUGUGCUGGCUGAUGAAGCCUACAGCGACCUCCUUGGGCUGGAACUGUUGCCUUUGCAAAAUGGGACUUUUAUUCCUUUCUCUUCAUCUGUAUCAGAAAAAGAUGUAGUGUAUAUAACGUCAGAAGAGUUCCCCAGGACAUUGUUCCCAGGUCUAGAGGGGAGACUGCUUUCUGAUAGCCUGCCACCCAAGAUUCUAGCAGCACUGAAGAAAGCUUCUACAAGCCGAGCACAACAGCUCCUUUGGGGAUGCGCAGGAAGGCCAUGCACUCAACUUCAGCACUUAAAUCCUGAACGUGUCGUAAGACUUUUUAAGGAGGUUAUGAACACUGUGUGGCCUACAAGGGACUUGGUCGUAAAGUGGUUUCCAGAAAAAGACAAAAAGCAUCCUCCUGUAUCAUGGCUUAAAAUGGUCUGGAAAAUUUUAUACAUUCAUUUUCCUGAAGACUUAACAUACUUGGAAGAUUUGCCCCUUAUUCCUACAAAGGAACUGGAAGAUGAUGUUACAUCACUGGAACUUAUUCGCUUGAGGAGUCCUUCUCCUAUUAUUUUUGAUGAUUUAUCUGAUGCACAGCUUCCAGAACAUUUACCUGAAAUAAUUCAGAGUCUUGGUGGGAUUGUGCUCAAGAGUUUAGAUCCUUUCAUACAACAUCCUCUUCUGAAAAAAUAUAUUCAUCCUCCCACAUCUAGUGCGCUUCUUCAGAUAAUGGACAGGAUGUCCCUGCAAAAACUGUCCAGUCAGAUUGCAGCACUUACUCAUAGUUAUAAAGAUACUUUAAGACGAUUUAUUGCAAGCUCAACAGACAUUAAUGAGAAGGAGAAAAAAAUCAUCCAGGAACUGACAGUUUUCCGAAGAAUUGAACAGUCUGGCACACAAAAAAAUAUUUUCAUUUACUUAAGAGGCUGCAAAGUACUGCAUCACAAUGCAAGAAUCCCACCAAAUAUAAGACUUUCUUUUCCAGUAAUUGAUAGCAGCGAUGAAGAAACCAUUCGGUUGACAAAGAUGAUGAAAGUUGAUCAGCUCAAAAGCACUGACUGCCUUAAAAUGAUUUUGCAAGACAUAGAAAGGGGAUUUUAUACUGUUGAUGAAAGGACCCAAAUUAUGGUUUGGGUUCUUGAAAAUCUGACUUAUCUGAAAAAUGAAAAUUCUGCUACAAUUAGCUGGCUACUGCCUCUUAAAUUUAUACCGGUAUUGAGAGACAAGCUCGUAGCAGCAAAUGAACUUUUUGACCCAGAGGUAGAAACGCUACAGAAUCUCUUUUGUGCCGAAGAUCAAAUGUUUUUCCCACCAGAUACCUUUAUAUCUUCAGAUGUACUACAUUCAUUAAGACAGAUAGGUUUAAAAAAUGAAAGCCACUUGGUUGAAAAAGACAUUAUACAGGUGGCAAAGAAAAUUGAGCAUUUGCUUAAUGUAUCAGCUGAAAAUGAAGAAAUUGUUUUAAGAAAGGCUAAAACACUUUUAAGCAUUUUGAAGAAAGAUCAGAAGCUUCUACAGUCGCCAGAAGCAAGAGCUCUGUUAAAGAAGAUUAAAUGGAUUCCUCCUGUCAAAUGUCGACCACCAAAUUAUCCCAAUUCUUUGGUUUGGAUGGGAGAUCAAUUCAAACUUUAUUCUCCUGGAGAAAUAUGCAAUGUUUCUUGUGCUGUUUUAGUUGGUUCUUCUGUUCCACUGGUUGAGAACUUACAUGAGAAUAUUGAAAAGACCCUUGGUAUUACUAAGGUGCCAAACAUUGAAUCUGUCUUGAAACAUUUAAAAGUUGUAGUUGACUGGAACAAUUCAAAAACUAUAACCGAUGAAGACUAUUACCAGUUCCAACAUAUAUUGCUGGAAAUCUACAGUUUUAUGCAGGAAUGCCUUGAUAAAGGUAAAGAUUUGUAUAAAGCAUUAUCAUUUCCAUGGGUCUGGACAGGUAAAACAUUUUGUUGUCCAGACCAGGCGAUAAUAAAAUCAGUGCAUAGCCUUGACCUUCAGCCAUACCUGCACAAUGUCCCAAACACAAUGGUUAAAUUCCACAAGCUUUUCAAAUUUUGUGGGUCAAUUGAACAGCUGACUCCUGAACAUAUCUUUGUUGUUGUUAAAAAAAUAUAUGAACAAAGUAAGAGUAAGAAAAACACAGAUAAAGAGGAAGACAAACAGAAUAUCAAUAUUAUGCUCAACAUUGUAAGGUGGCUGUAUAGUCAUCAAGUUUCCACAAAUUUAGACAUGCCAUUACCUGUCCAUUAUAACAAAGAUCCUUCUAAGCUUAUAAUGAAGCCUAUUCAAGAAUGUUGUUAUUGUGAUAUUAAAGUCGAUGACCUUAAUGAUUUGCUCGAAGAUUCUGUGGAGCCCAUUAUUCUGAUACAUGAAGAUAUACCAAUGAAAACCGCAGAGUGGUUGAAUGUGCCUUGCCUAAGCACCAGGCUGAUUAAUCCAGAGAAUAUGGGAUUUGAGCAGUCAGGGCAAAGAGAACCUCUUACAGUAAGAAUCAAGAACAUUCUAGAAGAAUAUCCUUCAGUAUCAGAUAUUUUUAAGGAACUUCUUCAAAAUGCUGAUGAUGCUUCAGCCACUGAAUGUAAUUUCAUGAUUGAUAUGCGAAGGAACAUGGAUAUAAGGGAAAAUCUUCUAGAUCCAGGCAUGUCGGCAUGCCAUGGUCCUGCUUUAUGGUCAUUCAACAAUUCUGAAUUUACAGACAGAGAUUUUUUAAACAUAACAAGACUUGGGGAAUCCUUAAAAAGAAUGGAAGUAGACAAAGUUGGAAAAUUUGGUCUAGGAUUCAACUCUGUGUACCAUAUAACUGAUAUUCCGAUAAUAAUGAGCAGGGAAUUUAUGAUUAUGUUUGAUCCUAAUAUAAACCACAUCAGCAAACAUAUUAGAGACAAAUCUAACCCUGGCAUUAAAAUUAAUUGGAGUAAACAACAAAAGAGGCUACGUAAAUUCCCAAAUCAGUUUAAGCCAUUUUUGGGUGUUUUUAACUGCCAUCUGCCACUUUCUGUUGAAGCACCUUAUUGUUAUAAAGGGACACUUUUCAGACUUUCCUUUCGAACCCAGCAAGAGGCAAAAGUGAGUGAAAUAAGCAACUCUUGCUACAAUACAGCAGAUAUCUACACACUUGUGGAUGAAUUUAGCUUGUGUGGCUACAGGCUCAUCCUGUUUACUCAGAAUGUAAACUCGAUGGUCCUGAAAUAUUUAAAACCAGAAGAAUCAGACCCAACUUUUGCACAACACAUAGUGACAAUUAAAAAAUCUGAAUGCUCUUCAAAAGCUUUAACGAAACCCACCAGAAUUUUGAAGGAAGCUGCAAAAGUAAUGCAGGCUUGCAGCACUUCUAAAAAAUAUCCUUCAGAUAUGCCAAAAUCUUCAUGUAUCUUACAGAUUGUUGUUGAAGAGUUUCAUCAUGUAUUUAGGCGAAUAGUUGAUCUCCAUUCCCCUUUAUUUAGAGGUCCAGAAGAUGAGCCUGCUGCUAUUUUUGAAAUGGCCAAAUCUGGACAAACAAAACGAAUGACAGAGGAACUACCACAAAAGACAAUGGAUUCCUCAUCAUGGCUCAUAUGUUCUUGCAUGGAUAUUGGAGAAGCCUUAAGAUUUGCACUGAGUGACAGUGGCAAGAGACUUGGACUUGUGCCUUGCGGUGGUGUUGCAGUGAUGCUGUCAGAAAAUAAGGAUGGCAAGUGGACUGUAAAACCUUUUUCCAGUAAUGUUGGAGAGAUCUUCUGCUAUUUACCUCUUCGAAUAAAGACUGGGUUGCCACUUCACAUUAAUGGAUGCUUUGCUGUAACUUCAAACAGAAAAGAGAUAUGGAAAACAGAUACCAAGGGAAGGUGGAAUACAAUAUUUAUGAGGCAUGUCAUUGUUCGGUCUUACCUAGAGGCACUGUGCGUUUUACGUGAUAUGUCAGUUAGUGGUGAGCUACUUAACUACAACUACUACUCUGUAUGGCCUGAUCCUGACUUUGUGCAUGAUGACUUCUCUGUAAUUUGCCAAGGUAUAUAUGAAGACAUUGCUAAAGGGAAAGGCAAAGACCGCAUGAAAGUGUUUUCUGAUGGAUCCUCUUGGGUUUCCAUGAAACACGUAAGAUUUUUAGAUGACUAUUUACUUAAAAGACAAGAUAUUGGACCAGCAGCUUUCCAGAUAUUUUUGAAGUACUUAAAACAAACUGGUCAGAAAAAUCUUUGUGCUGUAGAACUACCCUCUUGGGUAAAACUUGGUUUUGAAGAGGCAGGGUGUACAGAUGUGCUACUUGAUAACACAUUCUCUGAAAGACAGUUUUUUUCAGAAGUAUUUUUUCCACAUAUUGAGGAAAUCAAGCCUGAGUUAAGGGAUCCUUUAAUGCUUUUUGUAUUAAAUGAAAGGAUACAGGUGUAUGGGGAAAUUCUGAAAGUUACACCAUGUAUUCCAUGCUCUAGUGAUUGUCACCAUUUAGUUGUACCUUCAAAACUUAUACACCCAGAAGGCAGAGUUGCAAAAUUAUACUGUGAGAGUGAUGGGAGAUUUCCAUUUGGAACCACUCAGAAUUAUCUUAAUCCAGUUGUGCUAGUUAAACUCGUUCAGCUGGGCAUGGUUAAAGAUGACAUCUUGUGGGAAGACUUAAUUGAACGUAUUGAAUCAAUUGCCGAAGUCAAUACCAGUGAUCAUACUGCUGCUUGUGCACGAAGCAAUAUUAUUCUAAGUUUAAUUGAUGAAAAACUUAGAUUUCGAGACCCAAAAGCCAAAGAAUUUUGUACAAAAUGCCAGACUUCUAAGUUUUUGCCAUUUUUAACAAAGCCAGUUGGAUUCUCUUUAAACUGGAAAGGAAGUGACUUCAAGGUUGAAGAAAUGUUUGCAGCUACUGAUCUCUACACAGUUGAACACCAAGAUACAGUCUGCCUUUUGAAUCCCAUCCUAAAUGAAAAUUCCCCUUCUUUUAAAGGUUGUGGGCCCAUAUCGUUGGCUGUGAAGGAGUUCCUGGGUUUGUUGAAGAAACCAUCAUCUGAACUGGUGAUUGCUCAACUAAAUGAAGUUGCUAAAUAUUCAGAUGGAAUCACUCUGUAUCAAGAAAACAUAACAAAUUCCUGCUAUAAGUUUCUCAACGAAUCAGUGUUGCAGAGUGACGCAGCUAAGACUUCGAUUGUUGCAAAGUUAAAAACCUUAGACUUUAUCCUUAUUGAAAAUAUAUAUGUGGGUCUAGAGAAAGUUUCCUUUCAGCUGAAUUUUGAUGCAGCACCUUAUCUUUAUCAGUUGCCCAACAAAUACAAAAACAAUUUUAGGGAACUAUUUGAUAGUGUAGGUGUUAAACAUACUUAUGCCAUGGAAGACUUUGCAUCAGUUCUUGAAAAUAUUAAAAAUAAAAGCAAUGGAGGGAAAAUUACAGAAAACUAUUUUCAGCUUUGUAGAAGAAUAAUUAAUGAAGGAAUAUGGGGACUUAUUCGUGAGAAGAAUCAAGAAUUUUGUGAAAAAAAUUAUGGCGAUAUACUACUUCCAGAUUCAAAUCUCAUUCUUCUUCCUGCAAAAUCCUUGUGCUAUAAUGAUUGUCCUUGGAUACGGGUGAAAGAUACUUCUGUAAAAUAUUGCCAUUCUGAUAUUCCAAGAGAGGUUGCUGUAAAACUUGGGUCCAUACCAAAAAGGCAUAAAGCAUUAGAAAGGUAUGCUUCUAACAUCUGCUUUAAUGCACUUGGGACAGAAUUUGGACAGAAAGAAAAACUUACAAGUAGAAUAAAAAGCAUUCUGAAUGCUUACCCGUCGGAGAGAGAGAUGCUAAAGGAGCUUCUUCAAAAUGCAGAUGAUGCAAAAGCAACAGAAAUAUGCUUUGUUUUUGAUUCCAGACAGCACCCAACGGAUAGAAUAUUUGACGAAAAGUGGGCACCUCUGCAAGGACCAGCAUUAUGCGUGUAUAACAACCAGCCAUUCACUGAUGAUGAUGUAAAAGGAAUACAAAACCUUGGAAGAGGCACAAAAGUGGGGAAUCCAUGUAAAACAGGACAAUAUGGCAUUGGCUUCAAUUCUGUGUAUCACAUUACUGACUGUCCUUCUUUCAUCUCAUCCAAUGACAUUAUCUGUAUCUUUGAUCCUCAUGCAAGGUAUGCCCCUGGAGCAACAUCUCUGAGCCCUGGUCGCAUGUUCAGAGAUUUAGAUGCUGAUUUUAGAACACAGUUUUCAGAUGUAUUAAAUCUCUAUCUUGGUAAGCAUUUCAGCCUGUCAAAUGCUACCAUGUUUCGGUUUCCUCUUCGGGAUGCAGAGAUGGCAAAAAACUCAGAGAUUUCUCCCGUCCCAUCCUCAGACAGAAUGAUUCAAAACCUCCUUGACAAGUUACGUACAGAUGGAGCAGAGCUUCUCAUGUUUUUGAAUCACAUGGAAAAAAUCUCUAUUUGCGAAAUAGAGAAAAGCACUGGAGCUCUGAAAGUGUUGUAUUCAGUAAAAGGGAAAAUCACUGAUGGCGACAGGUUAAAGAGGAAGCAAUUUCAUGCAUCUGUAAUUGAAAGUGUAACUAAGAAAAAACAACUGAAAGAUAUACCAGUGCAACAGAUUACAUAUACAAUGGACAUUGAAGAUUCUGAAGGCAAUCUUACCACAUGGUUAAUCUGCAACCGCUCUGGCUUCUCCAAUAUGGAAAGAGUGUUAAAGAGUGUUAUAUCUGCACACAAGAAUAAAGACAUUACUCUGUUCCCUCGUGGUGGAGUUGCAGCAUGCAUUACUCACAAUUAUAAAAAGCCAUACCGAGCCUUCUGUUUCCUUCCACUGUCCCUUGAAACUGGACUUCCCUUUCAUGUCAAUGGACAUUUUGCAUUAGAUUCUGCAAGACGUAAUCUUUGGCGGGAUGAUGAUGGAGUUGGUGUAAGAAGUGACUGGAACAAUAGCUUGAUGACUGCAUUAAUAGCUCCAGCUUAUGUUGAGCUCUUGAUUCAGUUGAAGAAAAGAUAUUUCCCUGGCACAGACCCAACAAUUUCUGUUUUGCACAGUACACCGAUACAUGUUGUAAAGGACAUUUUGAAGAGAUUUUUGUCAUUUUUCCCCGUAAAUAGAUUAGAUUUGCAACCUGAUUGGUAUUGCCUUGUUAAGUCAGUGUACUCUUGCAUUCAUGCAGACUCUAAACGUCUUUUACCAGUCGUACGAGCUCCAAAUAUUGAUGGAUCAGACAUGCAGAGUGCUGUCAUCAUUACUUGGGUCACCAUGACUGCAGCAAAAGCUAACAGAGCAUUUUUUGACAAUUUGCUGCAAGAUGAAUUGCACCACAUGAAAACUGUAGAAUACAACAUAACCACCCGCAAGACGGUAGCUGAAAAUGUGUACAGACUUAAACACCUGCUUUUGGAGAUUGGAUUCAACUUAGUUUACUACUGUGAUGAAACAGCAAACCUUUAUCACUGCCUUGUUGAUGCCGGCAUCCCUGUUACCUAUGCAACACCUGCUGAUGUCCGUAAGUUUUUGAUGACUUUUUCCUCUGCUGACACAUGCUGCCAUAUUGGAAAGUUACCGUGUCGUCUUCAGCAAACAAAUCUGAAAUUGUUUCAUAGUCUAAAGCUUCUAGUAGACUAUUGCUUGAAAGAUGCAGAAGAAAGUGAUAUCCAGAUUGAGGGUCUGCCCCUUUUAAUUACACUCGACAAUGUUCUGCAGAUGUUUGAUUCCAAAAAUGCCAAAUUUCUAACAACAUACCAUGAAUUAAUUCCAUCCCGCAAAGAUUUGUUCAUGAACACUCUGUAUUUACGAUACAAUAAUAUCUUGCUGUCAUCUAAAGUAGCCAAGGUGUUUGACAUUGACAGCUUUGCUGAUUUGCUGUCAUCUGUGCUGCCAAGAGAAUAUAAAACAAAAGUCUUUGUUCAGUGGAAAGAAAAUUUUGCAAGUGAAUCCUGGCUAAAAAAUGCCUGGCAUUUUAUCAGUGAAUCAGUUAACAACAAGGACGAACAAACAGAUGUGAGUACAGUAUUUGACACAGUUGUUGAGACACUAAAGGAUUGGGCUUUACUUCCAGGAUUGAAGUUCACUGCAUCAUCCAGUAAUCUCAUUGUUCUCGAAUGUGAAGUGCUGCUGCCACUCAGUUUAAUGCAUAUUGCAAUUUUCCCAAAUGCACAGAGUGAUAAAGUGUUCCAUACCUUGAUGAAAACAGGGUGCAUUCAGCUUGGACUGAAUAAAAUGUGUUCAAAAGACAGUAUCUUACUUCCUUUACUCUCAGGGCACUGUGCCAAUAUAGAUUAUCCGCUUAGCAUACUCAAAGCUAUCCAACAUAUGAUCCAGACGUCGUCAUUUAGAACAGAAAAACUAGCAGAGACUGAUUUUGAUGCCCUGUUAAUGUAUUUUAAUUGCAAUUUAAAUUAUUUGAUGUCUGAUGAAUCUGUUAGCAUUUUGAAGCUACUUCCUUGCUACAAAUCUGUAAGUGGCAGAUUCAUAACCCUUUCCAAAUACAGCACUUGUUAUGUACUCACAAAAAGUAUGCCAUCAGUUGAAGUAGAUAAAUGGUCAUAUUCUUCUACAUAUGCUUUUCUCGAGGAAAAAGUACAUCUAAAGGAAUUGUACAGUGUUCUUGGAUGUGUUCCGGUGGAUGAUUUAGACAUUUACACAAUGCAUCUCCUGCCAAAAUUUGAAAAUUUGUCUUACAAUGCUAAGUUGGAGCACUUGAUUUACCUUAAAAAUCGAUUAUGUAACAUUGACGAGACAUCUGUUUUGAAAGAGCAACUGUUUGCACAACUGGAAGAACUUGCCUUCAUUCACGAUGCUAGCAAUCGUCUUAAGCCUGCAAAGCAUUUCUACGAUAGGUCUGUAAAGGUUUUUGAAGUAAUGUUGUCUGAAAAAUUAUUUAUACCUCAGGAUUUCUUUAAAAGACUGGAACAAAUUACAAAACCGAAAAACCAAGCUGCUUUCCUCACAUCGUGGAUCAAUUUUCUUCGGAAGAUAGGACUAAAGUACGUUAUUUCCCAGCAGCAAUUAUUGCAGUUUGCUAAAGAAAUUGGUAUGAGAGCUAACACAGAAAGCUGGACCAAAGAAGUGCUUCAAAACACUGUAGAUGUAAUUCUUUAUCAUGUCUUCCAGGAAAGGACAGAUUUGCUGUCAGGGAACUUUCUAAAGGAAUUGUCUUUAAUUCACUUUUUAUGUCCCGAAAGGGCACCUGCAGAACUUGUACGAUUUCAUCCUCAGUAUCAAGAAAUAAAUGGUACGCUUCCUUUAAUACGGUUCAGUGGAGCACAAGUCAAUCCAAAGUUUAAGCAGACAGAUGUUAUGCAAUUGCUUUGGACAUCUUGUCCUAUUCUUCCCGAAAAAGCAACAGCUUUAACUAUAAAAGAACAAGAAGGAAGUUGCCUUGGCCCACAGGAACAACUGGAACAAGUGUUAACAAUGCUGAAUGUCAAUAUGGAUCCGUCACUUGACAAAGUUAUAAACAAUUGCAGAAACAUAUGCAACAUAACAGCGGUGGAUGAUGAAAUGAUCAAGACAAGGUCGAAGGUUCUAAGGAGUAUUUAUGACUUUCUUAGCUCUGAGAAAAGGGAAUUCAAGUUUCAGCUAAGAGGGAUUUCCUUUGUAAUGGUUGAAGAUGGAUGGAAACUUCUGAAGCCUGAAGAGGUUGUAAUUAAUCUUGAAUAUGAGGGAGAUUUCAAACCUUACUUAUAUAAACUGCCUUUAGAGCUUGGAACUUAUCAUCAGUUGUUUAAGAAUUUAGGCACUGAGGAUGUUGUGUCAACAAAACAGUAUGUUGAAGUACUAAGUCGAAUAUUCAAAAUCUCUGAAGGGAAACAACUUGAUCCGAAUGAAAUGCGAACAGUCAAAAGGGUUGUUUCUGGCUUACUUAAAAGCCUUCAAAAUGAUUCAGCCAAGGUGCGCAGUGACUUUGACAAUGUCCGUGAUCUUGCUCUUUAUUUGCCAAGCCAAGAUGGAAGGCUAGUAAAAUCAAGCAUUCUCGUGUUUGAUGAUGCACCACAUUACAAAAGUAGAAUUCAAGGAAACAUUGGUGUUCAGAUGCUUGUGGAUCUCAGUCAGUGUUACAUGGGGAAAGACCAUGGCUUCCAUACAAGAAUCAUAAUGCUUCUUCCACAGAAGUUAAGACCUCGUCUUCUUAGUAGCAUCCUUGAAGAACAACUUGAUGAAGAAACACCCAAAUCAUGUCAGUUCGGAACUCUUUGUUCUCUGCAAGGGAGGUUGCAAUUGUUGUUAUCUUCUGAACAAUUUAUUACAGGCCUUAUAAGAAUCAUGAAGCAUGAAAAUGACAAUGCGUUUUUGGCAAACGAGGAAAAAGCAAUAAAACUUUGUAAAGCAUUACGAGAAGGAUUAAAGGUGUCCUGUUUUGAAAAAUUGCAAACAACUUUGAGAGUAAAAGGAUUUAAUCCAAUCCCCCAUAGCAGAAGUGAAACCUUGGCAUUUCUGAAAAGAUAUGGACAUGCAGUCAUAUUGCUUUAUAUACAGCAUUCAGACAGCAAAGAUAUAAAUUUUUUGUUAGCACUGGCAAUGACCUUAAAGUCUGCAACAGACAAUCUCAUUUCUGACACAUCAUAUUUAAUUGCCAUGCUAGGGUGCAAUGACAUAUACAGAAUCAACGAGAAGCUUGACAGCCUGGGGGUAAAGUAUGACUCUUCAACUGAACAAUCAAAGCUUGAACUUCCAAUGCCUGGUACUCCCAUCCCCGCAGAAAUCCAUUAUACUUUACUUAUGGAUCCAAUGAAUGUUUUCUAUCCAGGGGAGUACGUUGGCUAUUUAGUUGAUGCUGAAGGAGGGGAUUCAUUUGGGUCUUAUCAGCCAACAUAUACAUAUGCAAUAAUUGUUCAAGAGGUAGAAAGAGAACUUGAUACCUCAGGCUCCUUGGGAAAGUUUUACCAGAUUGACAUUGGAUACAGUGAAUAUAAGAUUGUAAGUUCACUUGAUUUGUACAAGUUUUCUAGACCAGAAGAGAGUGUUCAUAACAAAGACAGUGCCCCUUCAACCCCAACAAGCCCAACAGAAUUUCCACCUCCUGGUCCUAGGACUGUACCAACUGCUAAAGAAAGUAAUAAAACAUCAUCAUCAUCUUCCAAGCAUCAGUCACCCAAAAAGGUGAAAUUAAGUUCUUUGCCUGAAAUACUAAGGGAGGUUACUUCGGUUGUGGAACAGGCGUGGAAACUUCCUGAAACUGAAAGAAAGAAAAUUAUCAGACGGCUUUACCUUAAAUGGCACCCCGAUAAAAAUGCAGAAAACCUUGACAUUGCAAAUGAAGUUUUUAAACACUUGCAAAAUGAAAUUAACAGACUAGAAAAACAGGCCUUUGUGGAUCAAACUACAGAUAGAGGUCCACGAAGAACAUUCACAACCACAUCAACAAGAUUUCAAUCAGAAAAAUCUUCAUUUCAAAGGUUUUACACAUCUUGGAAUCAAGAGGCUACGAGCCAUAAGUCAGAGCGACAACAAUACAAGGAAAAGUUUUCGUCUACCACAAGCACAUACGACUCCAAGCGUUUCUUUGUGCCACCCACAUUCAAAUCUGUUGGUAACCCAGUAGAGGCUCGGAGGUGGCUAAGGCAAGCCAGGGCUAAUUUCUCUGCUGCAAGAAAUGAUAUGCACAAAAAUGCCAACGAGUGGGUGUGCUUUAAGUGCUAUCUGUCGACCAAGUUAGCCUUGAUUGCAGCAGACUUUUCUGUCAGAGGAAAGUCAGACAAAGAUGUAAAGCCUACUGCACUUGCUCAGAAAAUAGAGGAAUACAGUCAGCAACUUGAGGGUUUGGCUAAUGACGUUCAGACAUUAGAAGCUUAUGGAGUGGAUAGUUUAAAAACUCGCUAUCCUGAUCUGCUUCCUUUUCCACAGAUUCCAAAUGACAGAUUUACAUCAGAGGUUGCAAUGCGGGUUAUGGAAUGCACAGCUUGUAUCAUAAUAAAACUUGAAAAUUUUAUACAAAAUAAGUAAUUAGGUAAAAGAUUUAAUUUUUAGGCAAAAUGAGUCAUUUGCAGGAUGCAAGGGGUGAGUGGUGUUUGUAUAGGGGCAGCAAAGCUCCUGUAGAAUCUAAAUCAGUAAAUGGCUAAUUCUCUAACUGAAGGAUUGGUAUUCUGCCAAACCCUAAAAUAAUAUUUUUUUGCAUCACUAAUUUGUUGUGUAUCAAGGAAAAGGUAUAGCACAGCAACCGACCAUAAACACAACAUUUCUAUCAUAGUCUUAUGUUCUUUCACCAAACAUUAUUUUUAUAGUGGGAGAGUCUGCUGAAUAGUUUAGCACAUUGGCUUAGUAAAUAAUGCAAAAUCCUUAUCAUUAUCGAGGUCUUUUACAUCAUAUCCAGAAUUUCUAAACCAAAUAUUUGCUUUACCUUUGAAAAUAUUCCAGGAGGCAGAUUCAUCCAAAUUAGAAUUUCUGAGUAUCUCUUUAUUUUCAAAACACUCAAAAAUGUCAAAUGUGCACUUAUUUAUGCCCCUUAUGUGUCUAUGAAGAUUCUCAUUCAUCCAGGUCAGGAUAUACAGUAUCUAGUAGAAUUAAGUCUAAAACGACC